ACUCAACUCCUCCCACCUCUCUCUCUCUCUCGACACCUGGUUUACCAGCCCAGAUACCAACUUCGCCUAUAUACACGUACACAAAAUUCCGGCCUACCUUCUCAUCUGAUCGAGUUAGUCGCCAUGAUAUAUUAUAUUAAUGCUACAAAUUAAAGCCUCAUCAUAUCAUAUCAUAUCUUAUAUCUAUGUUUAAUUAUAUAUGCUGGUAGCUAGCUAAGCUAGGUAGUUUAUAUGCGUAAUAUGGUACGUCCGCAUAUAUUGAAAAUGAGAGAGACUAGUGAGGGAGUGAGGCUUUACAGACACUUUACAGACACGAUCUGGAGACCAUUACCGGCGAUUAAGACUCUGGCCCGCUCUUCACUUGCCAUCUUCUUCUUUAUGCUUCUCUGCGUCGGCGCGUUCGUUUCCACGCGUUUGCUCGACUCCACUGUCACUGCAGCUUGAUGGACCACAGCAUAAGUGGGCCGGGGAAGAAUGGCAAUAAAGUGUAUGAAAGGGGUGGCCUGGUUAGACGACAGCAUCCAACAAGAUUAUCUCAUCAAACAAUAAUUGAAAAUGAAAUCCGUCCACUGAAUUGUUCACUUGGAAAUCCCAUGGCAAGCUGCCCUGCUAACUAUUACCCAUCAAAGCUGAGGGUUCAAGAUUCACCAACAGAAUCAUCAUCAACAUGUCCAGAUUACUUCCGUUGGAUCUAUGAUGACUUGUGGGCGUGGAGGGAGAGUGGUAUUAGCAGAGAGAUGGUGAUGAGUGCGAGGAGGACAGCCAACUUUCGGCUGGUGAUAGUGAAUGGGAUUGCGUACUAUCACAAAUACAGAAAGUCAUUUCAAAGUAGAGACACUUUUACUCUAUGGGGUAUUUUACAAUUGUUACGGAGGUAUCCCGGUAAAGUGCCAGAUUUGGAUCUAAUGUUCGACACCGUUGACUGGCCAGUCAUCAAAAAACAAGCAUAUGUUCCAGGUCGUCGUCCAAACGACACCACUACAGCCCCCCCACCGUUGUUCCGCUACUGCGGGGAUGAAGCUACUUGGGAUAUUGUCUUUCCUGAUUGGUCAUUCUGGGGAUGGCCUGAAAUCAAUAUUAAGCCAUGGAAGGGAUUAUCAAAGGAGCUGAAAGAAGGGAAUGGGAAGAUUAAGUGGGUGGACAGGGAGCCAUAUGCAUACUGGAAGGGAAAUCCUGCAGUUGCUGAAACCAGAAAGGAUCUGCUAAAAUGUAAUGUCUCAGAAAAGCAGGAUUGGGGUGCUCGUGUGUAUGCACAGGAUUGGAUUCAGGAACAGAAGCAAGGUUACCAGCAGUCUAACUUAGCCGACCAGUGCAUUCACCGAUACAAGAUUUAUAUUGAAGGAUCUGCAUGGUCUGUGAGUGAGAAAUACAUCUUAGCAUGUGAUUCUCUGACUUUACUAGUGAAGCCCCAUUACUACGAUUUCUACACCAGAGGUUUGAUGCCAAUGAAGCACUAUUGGCCUAUAAGGGAUGAUGACAAAUGCAAAUCUAUUAAGCAUGCUGUUGACUGGGGCAAUAAUCAUCACCAACAGGCACACGAGAUUGGCAUGGCAGGAAGCAAAUAUAUUCAGGAAGAAUUGAAAAUGGAAUAUGUGUACGACUACAUGUUCCAUCUUUUGAGCGAGUAUGCCAAGCUCUUGAAAUACAAACCAACCGUACCUCCAGAGGCAGUUGAGCUUUGUUCGGAGAAGAUGGUUUGUGGCGCAAACGGACUGGAGAAGCAAUUUAUGAUGGAAUCUCUGGUCAAAGCUGCUCCAUCCGCCACGGCGCCCUGCACUAUGCCGCCUCCCUUUGAUCCUGCAACUCUUAACGCUAUUGUGGAUACCAGAGAAAGUUCAAUCAAGCAAGUGGAGUCCUGGGAAAAACAAUACUGGCACCAUCAAAACAACCCCGAUAUCUAAUCGCAUAUACCAUACCAUACAUACAACAGUCAUGCUGCCCACUUAAUCAUACAUAUUUUACAACCCUAAGCUAUGGCUUACACCUACCUCUACCUUCAGAUUAUUUAUAUAUGCAUAUUUGUACACUCAUCCUGCCUAAUUAUUAUCUGUAUUUAUAUUUUCUUUUUUCUUAAUUCACUACUAAUCUAACAUUGUUACUGUUCA